GUAUGCAAGACGUAAUGACAGAAGAGUUCUUCCUGUCAAAAGUGUUUGCAGAAUCGCUACAGCCCACACAAGUGAUCCCAUACUAUUUCCGUGCCCAAGGAACACCACAGAAAGAGGAUAUUACAAUAACCACACUUAUUACGGCUAAUAGGUUUCCGGUUUUUGAUAGACUUGUCAAUCACUACAAAGGCCCAAUAUCCGUGACGAUACACGUUAAUGACGUACCCAGUAAACGCAAUGCGCUCCUAGCUCAACUGAACGACCUCUACCACAACAAUCCGCUAAUGACGAAAUAUGUCGAUGUCCAUCUCGUAAUAGACAAGUUCGACCGUCAAUUCAACAUGUGGCGCAACGUUGCUAAAUUCUUCGCCCGCACCGACUAUGUAAUGAUGCUCGACGUUGAUUUCUAUCUCUGCACCAACUUCCGAGAGAAAAUAUUAAACGACGAGCGGCUCAUGAACAUGUUACGUGCCAAGAAUACCG